AAGCAAGCAUCGAGAUGCUGUGAGGACAAGGAGACGACGAAAGAGACGCAUUUUAAACCAACACAUAGGCUAUUAAUUUAAAUGCCAGAACAUGCUGCGGUAAAACAGAUUUACUCCUCUCCAUAUUGAAAACGAUCCGCAAUGGCGGUACGAUCGCUGUUAGAGGGCCGAAGCAUACACUCAUAAGGGAAUUUAAACCACAUCCAGCAUCUACUGCAUCAAGGACUGAGCAACGAAGGCCCUGACCAGGCCCUGAUGCCAGGCUUGACUACAGGUGGACUUUGCUAGAGGAAAGCACUCGGACGCUCCAGAGGCAGGAUGAGUGGCGGCUCGGAGCAGACUGACAUCCUGUCACCGGCCGUCAUGGUCAAGGACAGAUGGAAAGUGCUGAAAAAGAUCGGAGGUGGCGGCUUCGGCGAGAUCUACGAGGCCCUGGACCUGCUGACCCGGAGCAGUGUGGCGCUCAAGGUGGAGUCCGCGCAGCAGCCCAAGCAGGUGCUGAAGAUGGAGGUGGCCGUCCUGAAGAAGCUGCAGGGUAAAAACCAUGUGUGUCGCUUUGUUGGAUGUGGUCGCAAUGAUCGCUUCAACUAUGUCGUCAUGGAGCUUCAGGGUCGGAACCUGGCGGACCUGCGGCGCAGCAUGAGUCGGGGCACGUUCAGCGUCAGCACCACGCUGAGGCUGGGCCGGCAGAUCCUGGAGGCCAUCGAGAGCAUCCACUCCGUCGGCUUUCUGCACCGCGACAUCAAACCGUCCAACUUUGCCAUGGGCCGCUUCCCCAGUACAUGCCGAACCUGCUACAUGUUGGACUUUGGCCUGGCCCGCCAGUUCACCAACUCAUGCCAGGAGGUCCGACCGCCUCGACCAAUGGCAGGAUUUCGAGGCACUGUACGAUAUGCUUCUGUCAACGCACACAAAAACAAGGAGAUGGGCCGGCAUGAUGACUUGUGGUCCCUGUUCUACAUGCUGGUGGAGUUUCUGGUGGGCCAGCUACCAUGGAGGAAGAUCAAAGACAAGGAACAGGUUGGGAAGCUGAAGGACACUUAUGACCACCGGCUCAUGCUGAAACACCUGCCAGCCGAAUUCAGCCUCUUCCUGGACCACAUCAGUGAACUGGACUACUAUACCAAACCGGACUAUGAGCUGCUGAUGUCGGUGUUUGAGAACAGCAUGAAGACGUACGCGGUGGUGGAGAAUGACUCGUACGACUGGGAGAGGAUCAACACGGACAGCUCUCAGGCCGUCAACACCACCAACGCCACCCCGCAGCACCAUACACGACUCACCCCAGCACACAUGGGCAUGGCUAAUGCCUCCAUGCUCCCCGGGGACCUGAUGAAGGACCUCUGCAAGGAGAACACGGACGAGGUGCUGCAGGACGAGCAGCUCAGCGACGGCGAGAACAACCCCCCGCUCCCCGAGCGCCCGCCCGGCCAGCCGGCCAACCAGCAGGAGCCUGACGUGUGGGAGGAGAUGGACCGCAACUGCAACCACCUCCGGCCGACGGUGCUGAAGACUGGCAAAGACGACGAGCAAAACCAGAACCAGGGCAACCAGAGUCCGCACACGGGGCUCAGUCUGGCCUCCCCGGUGAAGCUGCGCUCGGACGCCAGCCCCUCGGACGCACCCCUGCUGAGGAAACUGCGCAACCUCCACAGUCUGGACCUGGAGAAGAGGCUGACCCUGGAGCCCAAGCCCAGCACCGAGCGCUUCCUGGAGGCCUGCUCAGGGAUGCAGCAGGCCGGCAGCCCAUCAGACAAGGCAGCGGGGAUCAGCCUCGGCCUCGGCGCGCUUAGCAACGGCGGCCCUGGCGACCGCAUCUGGCACUACGACGAGGAGGUCCUCUCGGGCGGCGGCGGCAGCGGCUGCGGCGGCGUGGUCAAGCGCGGCUCCCUGGGCUCCCCGGCCGCCACCGGGCAGGGCGAGGGCGCCGCCAGCAGCAGCUUCGUGGCGCUGAACCUGAGCCUGGGCCGCGGCGGCGGCGACGCCGACGCCAACUCGCACGACUGGGUGAUGGUGGAGGCGCCGUCCAACCUGCAGGAGCGCGGGGGCAGCAGCGCGGGCCUGGCCACGGGCGCCAAGGUCACCAUCAGCCCCUCGGAGGAGGGCGAGGUGGACGAGCUGGACCCCAACCAGGAGGGGCUCGCGCGGAGCACCGGCGACGGACCCGCACGCUCGGAGCCCAGGGCUGACCAGCAGGAGCUGAGCGUGGAGACCGCGAGCACCAUGCCCCCCGUAACACCCACUAGCCCCGCCAAUGGCCUGCCGGACGAAGCCCUCUCACAGUUCCCCACCUCUCCCCUGUCUCCGCUGGAGGAGCCGGUGGUGCAGCAGCCGUGCGGGGCCCUGUUCCCGCCCCAGCGCUCCCCCAGCCCCCACCCCACGCUCUCGGACCCCCUGCGCCGGCGCCACGGCCCGCCCCGCCCGUCCGGACUGUGCCGGAGCCGUUCGGUCGACCCGCCGCACCUCCACCACAGCCACAGCCACAGCCACUACCACCACCACCACCACCACCAGCUUCAGCCCCAACACCACCAAUACCACCAGCACCCUUCCUCCUGCUCCUCCUCCUCCUCCGCCUCGCUCCUCCCGCCAUCCCCCGGCACGUCCUCGGGCCACGGCGUGCGCUCGCCGGGCCACCGCAAACUCCCUGCCAUCCCGGCGGGCGCCUCCGGCACCAAGAUCCCCUCCGUCAUACGCAUCACCCGCGCACAGCUCCAGCAGCUCAAUGCUCAGCGUUUAGCCGCAAACUCCCCGCCUGCCUCCGACAGUUCCCCCCACUGCCACCUGGUGGACAAAAAUGAGAACAACAACCACUCGGCACAGGAUCGCCCAGUCACUCCAACCACGCCGCCCACCCCUCAGGAGCGCUGCCCUCCCUCUGCCUCCCCCACCCCAGAGGGGGACCCCCCGCCCGAGGAGGACCGGUCUCCACCCCGGGCCGCGGGCUCCAUGCCCAGCCUGGUGUCUCCGCGCUCCUCUCCCCGCUCGCCCUGCAGUCCCGUGCCGCUCAACGCCGAAGACGGGGCAUCCGAGGAAGAUCCCCUCCGGGAGGAGGAGGACAGAGGCGUGCCCGCUCCACCCAGCCACGAGCAGCAGGAGCAGCAGCAGCAGGAGGAGGCGGAAGGGGAGAGGGAGGUGGCGGAGGUGGAGGUGCCCCCGGAGGAGGAGGGGACGAGGAGCCGUAGCUCCGUGGCGCCCCGUCUCCGUCUCAGCCGCAUCCCCGUGCUGGAGCCCAGCAGCCUGCUGCUGUCCAGCCCCGUGGCCACCACCCCCGGCGGCUCGGCCAAGCAGAAGCUCCUGCUGAAGAAGGCCCACCAGGGGGCGCCGCUGCUGCUGUCCCCCUCCUGCUCCCCCUCGCCGUCUCUAGAGAGGCGCUGCGUCGCGCCGCAGACCGACUGCCCCGCCUCCGCCGACCGCUCCCAGGACGAGGAGUCCCUGCAGGGGGUGUCGGUGUCGGACCGGCAGGGGGGCGACGAGGCGCUGUCCCUCUCCUCCUCGUCCAGCCCUCUGUCCCGGAAGAGCAGGAUACCGCGGCCAGUGCGCUCAGAGGGGUCAUCCGCCACUCCCGAGAGCCGCUCUUCCCAGUUCUUACCGCGGCCGCCCCCGGGCAGACCCCCCAGCCGACCCUGCAUAGACAGCCGUCUGAGGCGCUACCGCAUCCGUGCGGGCAGCACGGGAGACUCGGAGCUGCUCAACUGCCUGGCCCAGCUGAUGCAGAACGGCAUGGCCACCUCGCCGUCCGGCCGCCCGCUCCGCUCCUGCUCGCCGCACGUGGGCCGCUCGUCCCCGCGCCUGGUGUCCGGCGUGUGCGGCGGCGGCGUCCACCACCACCCACGCAGCUCCAGUGCCUCGCCCCGCUCGGCCUCCUCGCUGCAGCGCUCGGCCUCGUCCAGCCCGCCGUCGCGCCCGGGCCCCGGCCGCAGCCGCUCGCCGCCCAGCCUGUCCAGCGGCUCGUCGCCCCCGGGGCCCGCCGGCGCCCGCCGCACCCACCUCCAGCUGCGCCACCACCUCCACCACGGCCCGCGGGCCAAGGUCGGCUGCGGGCACGGGCACGGCCGAGAGGGGAAGUGCUCCAGCAAGCUGAGCAGAUAGUCAUCUACGUCUGCGGGCCCCUGGGGAAACCACUGGAGCCCUAAUUGUGUGUGUGUGUGUGUGUGUGUGUGUGUGGGCGCUAGUGUGUGGGUGCUUUCGAAUCCUUUGAGAGAUCCUGCGAGAUGUGAGUGUGAUCCCAGGUGAGGAACUGAUGCCUUUCGUGUGCCGACGACAUUUGGUGCGACUGUGCCAGUUAAAAAAAAACGCAAUCAUGUGCAGAUUGAGUGUUAAAACCUGUUUUCAAAGCAUGGAAUCUGAAGACUGUGCCAGUGUGUGUGUGUGUGCACAGGACAAGGCCAAUCAAGUGUUUGCACUGUUGGAGAAACACUACUGUCAGGAGAGCAGAGCUAAUGGGGUGAGAAGCUGGGCUAUUAGCCCCUUGAUGGGGGCUUUUGCUAGAAAGGGAUUUACCUAAACACCUCAGAACAGGCAACACUUCCUCUGAAUAAAACUAUAAGAAAAACGCUUUAGAGCCUCAGACAUAGGUUAGUAUAGAAGAGGGUCACUGGCCCCAUUCCUGUGAUCAUAGCCUCACUACUUUCCAUUGAUGCUUCAGGCUUUGGAUGCCAUUCAGUGCCGUGAUCAGCAUUUGUUGCCGUUGGUUAGUAGAUAAGUCUCAUAGAAUGGAUAUAUCAUUCUAUUCUUUUUCUGUUGACAUGGAGCCUGUAUUUAGAACAUCCACGUAACUGCAAUUAUGCGUCAUGAGUACAUAACUAUUCAGAUACUCUAUAUUAAGACCUCUGACUGCAGGCAUAGAGACACAGAAGCUGCUGAGUGCAGUCAAUUGUGCUGUCGUCAGCUAGGAGAUUUAACGAAACCUUCAGAGGAAGUGUUGCCUAUUAGAUUUCGUCACAAAAUCUAUUAAGUGAUAAGUUCUACCAUCUGUACAAUACUCUCUCCAGCAUUAAGAGUUAUUACAUGCACUCUUUGGUUAGUAAUGUGUCCCUACUUGAAGAUUAAUGACUCCCCCAAAAAAAUGAAAAACAAAGACAUCCUGUGAAGACCUCCUCAGUUGACCUUUGACCUUUGUCUCGCAUACCUCCCCCGACUGCUCAGUGUGCUCACCUGCAUUCCGGCUGCAUUUUUUUUUUUUUGUCCCGAUUGUUUACGUCAUGGAAAUGAUUGUUUUCCUUUUUGACUUGUCUGGUAUUUACACUAGCACGCAUUUCAUAGGGGCUGUAAAAAGCAUGUGGUUAUGCAGUAAUGCCCACGGCACCACAAGCACGGUGAUGCGUGGCUGUCAGUAUGUGUACGAAUGUAUACUGUGAAGCUCACACUAAAUUGUGUGUAUGUAGGUAUGUGUAAUCGCAAAGAGUGUAUGUAGGUGUGUGUGUGUGUGUGUGUGUGUGUGUGUGUGUGUGUGUGUGUGUGUGUGUGUGUGUGUGUGUGUGUGAGUGUGUGGGUUGAUUGGAGUUGGUCAUCUCUUGAUCUGUUUGUUUAUAGUAUUUAUUCAGAAGUAUUUAUCACUAGUCCUGUACACAACAAGCAUUAGUCAAAGCAGUGGCAGGUUCACUGAUAGACUGACACUAGCCACUGGCUCCCCUUGUUCUUAUUUAUUUCUUCUUAUGUCUUUUCUUUCUGUUUGUGCCCCCCCGCCCUCCCUAUUAAGCCACCGUGACACCUUGAUACAAACACUUAGCAUUGGGGGGUGGGUGUGGUUGUGUACGCUCUCAUAAAGGAAUCUCUUAAUGUGGAGCCUUGCCUUCCUUAACAAGAUAAGGGGGAACAAAGCAGACGCUGAAACAAUCAAAAGAGUGUUUACAAGUGUUGAAUUUGUGCCUGGGGCAUCAGUUUUAGGGAAUGGAAUUGAAAUCUACCCUACUGUCUCAAUCCAGACAAAAUCCAGUUGUAAUCUAUUUUUCUUUUGUGUGUGUGUACAUAAGAAUUUGUGUGAUGGGAAGAGAGUGGUGUGGAGGCUAUUGAAGACUGAGACAUAUAAACGGCUGCUCCCCCAAAAUGUCUACGACUCACACGCUCACUGCACACUCGUUGUCAUCACCCUUGCUACAACACUCCUAGGAUUGCCUUCGUGUAGAUGUGCUAAUUUAGUUUAAUGCUUUUAUCCAAAGCAGCUCACAGAGUAGGGAAGGCAUCGUUUUUGUCUUUACUUGCACUCCCUAGUAAAUGAACCCUGUGACCCUUAGAUUUCUGUCUCCACGCUGUAAGAAUUGAGCCAUAGGAACACAUUUUGUGUGUUUAUAUAUGUGUGUGUAGUUGCUUUAUUCCCCAUGUUCUCCUGACAAGAUAUAUGACAGGGCAGUUAAUUACAUGCAGUAAGUUCUCUUGUGUGUCUCACUGAAGUGAGACACGAUAACAUUAUUAUACAUACCAAAUGGACACCCAAGGGUGAUGAAUGUUUUGAAGUAGUUUUGAAAAGGACCUUGUUCGAAAGUUAACAGAGACGAUUAGUCUAAAGUCCCUCUAGAGAGAAGACCAGAGAAACAUUGAGCAUAGAUACGAAUGAAAGUUUACAGUGACGACCUAAGACAACAAAAGUGACAACUGAUGGUAUUAAUUGAAUGAACAGACAGUUUUGACAGACAUCACUGCAAAUAAGUAAUUGGCCUGUCCCUUUAACCCAACUACAGGGCCAGAUGUUGUGAAUGCAAGUGCAACCAUUGAAAGGGAAUGGCCAUUUCAUGCAGAUAGUACUUGAAAGAUGAACCAUUGUGGUGUACAUGAAACAUUGUAAUGGGAAGGGAAAAGAGAAAGUUCUGUCCUGUACAGACAUGCACUAUGUAACAGUGUUGCUUGGGAUUGAAAUCCAGCAAGCACCUUUGCUGCUAAAUACUAUUGAGAUUUAACUGCAGUGGACAGCUGCCAUUUUUAAAUCAAAAUCCCCUGGGAUUUGUUUGAUAGAUUUGAGAGCAUUGGAUUGUGUGAUUGCAAAAGUUUGUACACUUUGCCUCUCUUAAAGGGAAGUCUCUGAAGUGAUUGCUCCUUGUUACAGAUGGUGCAUAUACAUUAUCUACUUUGAAAUACCAUAAAAGAGUGAACAAUGAGAUGGAUGGUAUUAAAUAUGUUGGUAGACAUUUCAUUUGAGAAUUAUCUGAGGGGCCAAUAUCACUGAUCAUAAUAUUGUCACAAAUUGUUUAUUCUAUGUAUUUAUUGCUAUCUAUUUUAUUUAUUUUACAUUUGAGUGUGGGUGCAGGUUUUUGUCUUUGAAGGUUACAUGUCUGCCAAAACACUAUCAUGAAACACUAGUCUGUUACUCUCAAGCACUUGCAGAAUUUCAGUUUCUACAUGCUGUUCCUUCACCGUCAAUUUUAUUUCAGAGGAGAUCUAAGCAAUAUUUCCUCCAUCUGAAUACAUAACAUCUCAAGGUUGUUUUCCCCUUCUGCUUGUAAGAUGCUGUAAGAAAGCUUCCAGCCCUGCCAGUUGCAUGUGCUUCAAAGAGCAAAGCUGUGAUCAAUCCCUCUCGAGGCAAACCCCUGCUGCAUAAAGAUAAACUUCACAUAUACUUCAUCACUUCCUCCAGCUCUUAUGUGGAAUCAGUUUGAGUUAAUUAGUUGCCUAGACAAACCCCCAAAAAAGAGCAAUUCAACAGACUUGCAAUUUUACAGCCUGGUCCUCAACUAAAUUGAUUAUCAUGUCUGAUACAUUGGUAUGAGCCUAUGAGUAUACACAGGAGGAGCCAUGCUUUAUUUAGGCGUCUUUUUAUCUAAAAUAUAAUUUAUAUAUUUAUAUUGCUAAGGUGUGCACUUAAAAAAGUGCCCUGAUAGCCCCAAAUGUUGUUGUUGUUUUUAUAACAAUUGUAUGAUACUUCAGUCUGUGGACCAAUUGAGAUCGCUCUCUCCCACUUUACUUUCACAAGCAGACCAAGCCCAAUUUAUCUUUGGCCUUAAUGUAUGAACAUGUGCCUGCACCCAUCUGCAGUCUUAGAAAAAGGGUUCUGUGUAGGAUCAAUUUGGCUUUCUUAAUAAUCCCUUAAACUUCUAUCAGAGAUAUCUUUUAGCAGGAGACUUGCAGAACCCUCUCCUCAUAACAAAUGAGUGGAAUUGCUUCUUUGGGCUGAAAGUAGAAUUUAGUAGGGUUAUAUGAUGGAGGCAUGUUGAAAUACCAUUUGUCUCAGAAGAUGAGGUUGCAGUUUACAUGUGCUGCACUUUGUUAGAGGAUGUACGUACACCUACGAAAUAUGAACCACAAUAGAUGAGAGCACCACAAUCAGUUACUCUUUUAAAGAGAGAAAAGCACUUAAGCCCGCACUAUGGAAGGGUGGUCCAUCACUGCUUUCCGAUUGAGUUCCAUCUAUUAGUCACUUUCACAGUUGAAGUGCCUGUUUCAGUGUCAUUUGAAUGAAAGAGACUAGAAUAUUAACAGGUGAAUGAUCAAGCCUCUAGAAUCACUGAUGUCUCAGUGCAGUAGUUCCCAGUGUUGGCCAGGACCCCCAGAAUUUCGCUGGUUUAGGGUGAAAAUAAAACAAGCCUAAACUUUAUGGCGGUGCUCUCUCUGCGUAGUAGCCUUUGGUGGUACGUUUAUAGCCUACUUUGUAAUUAUAUAGUAUGGCUUCAGUCUAAUUAAUACAAUGGAUGUGUGCCUAACAUGGAACAUUGUAUGGAUUUAUAACCCAGUGAGAAGUUAACAGUGUUUAACAGUCCCAGAUCUCAGAGCAAGAUAGUUAUGGUUAACUGACGGAUGGAAUGAAACUGAAAAAUGUUAACUGUUAAAUUAGAAACAAUGGGUAAGAAAGCUAUUCAACACCUAAUGAGCAUCUGUUUUUAUUAAAAGUUCAAAGGGUGGCCUGCCAUGAAAGGUUUGGGAACCACUGCCUUAAUGUGACAUAGUAAUGAGGACUCAGUGGUGAAACAUUAACAAAAACAUCGCAAACAGAACCAAGCUUGUAAUUGAGACUGAAACUGUGAGAAUGACAUGUUCCCACCACCACAGUCUGUGCAUUUAAUCAGACCGUAAACGUAAAUACAAUGGAAUAAUGGCUUUCCAUUCACAUGGAUCUGAAUUUUUAGUGAACACUCAACAAUCUGCAAAAUCUAUUGUUUUAUGAGUGGGCAAUAUUAUAACAUUCUGUAUACCUGGUAUAAGAUCUUUUUAAGCGCUUCCCAUAUUCACCGAGCCAAAUUACCGACCCAGAGUCCAUUGUUUGUUAGUAUUUUGCCAUAGUUUUAUAUUAUGUUAUUAGGCAAGUAUAUGUGCAUUUAGAAGCUGGUAAAAUAUAGAGGGCCACAGCAAUUUGUGUCAAACUUCAUCUUCCCCAUACCUGACUAAAUUGUGAAUUGUUAUUGAAAGAUUAAAUGUGUUUGUAUGAGUGGUAGCUUCCUAAAUGACACAUUUUCUUGCAUUAAUUUUCUCUGCUAAAGAGAAAGGCCUGUAAGGGACACUUGUGUUUACAGUACUUCCUUACAUUAUUUCUGUGCUGUGCAUACUGCAGCAAAGAUAUUGGCAUUUGGAAGGCUGCACAGUGAUUAUAGUCAUGUAACGAAGUUCUCAAGAUAUUGCAUAUCUCUCAUGGUGACAUGGAAUUUUUGGUAACGUGCACUGGUAUGCUUGCCAUAUCUCAAUGACAGUGUACUGGACCAGUGUGGACCAACAGAUCUCAUCUGAUCUCUUCUCUGAAUGUCUGUUCAUUGCUCCACAAUGAAAUUGCAUGUGUGUGAGAGUGUGUGUGUGUGUGUGUGUGUGCGUUUGUCCAUUCUGUCAUAUGCGUACUAUGCAUUGUGUCACUUUUUUUGGCCAGGUAUGAAGAAUGUUCCAGAAAAAAAAAAAAAUCAGGGGCCUUUCCCCAAGUCAUGAAUAUUUGUAAUGUCCAACAAGAGAAUUUAACAAUAAAUUGUAUGCUGUUUGCUGAUGGGUGUUAUGUUCACCGCUUACCCAAAAGAAUGAAUGAACUUUUUAGAUCUGAUUGAGUGCUACUUGCUCAAGAGUUAUGUCAGUGUUGUGACAUGGAGGAAAACUUAUGUACAGAUGUUAAAGAAAGGAUGUAUCAGAGGGAGUGGAUUACAUUGUACAUAACUGUACUUAUUUGUCUUAUUAUUUUCAUUUGUACCAUAUGAAUAUCCUGUACAGUGUUUUGUUUGUUUUGGUUUGCUUCCUGUUUUGUUUUCUUUCAAAAUUAUUUUGUAUUUUAUUUUUAUAAACUGGUUAUAAAUAAAAUAUUCAUUCCGCAUGCAGAAA